AGAGCGUGGGAGCCGGCCAAGCAUCAAGAGCAACUUCCGGGAGCGCAGCCCAGAGUCGGAGGAGAAGUGCGGCCCCGCCUGAGCCAUUCCCGUGGUGAAGUUCCCAGCAGGAGGCAUGAAGGGAGGAGCCGCAAAUUGGAGAUCAGAUCUAGGCAACAACAUGGACUCUUUGGAGGAGACUGGUAGUUCGUCUGUAGAGGAGAACUACUUUGUAAAUUACACUUUUACUGACCGUUCUCACUCAGGCCGUGUGGCCCAGGGUAUUAUGAAGCUAUGCCUGGAGGAUGAGCUUUUUGCAGAUGUCACCAUCUCUGUAGAAGGCAAAGAAUUUCAACUGCACCGGCUAGUCCUCUCAGCUCAGAGUUGCUUCUUUCGUUCUAUGUUCACUUCCAAUCUGAAGGAGGCACAUAAUCGGGUGAUUGAGUUACAGGAUAUUAGUGAGAGUGUAUUUCAGUUGCUGGUGGACUAUAUUUAUCAUGGAACUGUAAAGCUGAGGGCAGAAGAUUUACAAGAGACUUAUGAGGUGGCAGAUAUGUACCAGCUAACUGCACUUUUUGAGGAAUGUUCCCGUUUCUUGGCUCGAACAGUACAAGUGAGGAACUGUCUGCAGAUUAUGUGGCUGGCUGAUCAGCACAGUGAUGUGGAGCUCUACACAGCUGCCAAGCAUUGUGCCAAGUCAUACUUAUCACAGCUUCAGGAAACAGAGGAGUUUCUACACCUUCCUCUCCGUCUCUUGACAGAUAUUCUCACAGAUGGGGUUCCAUCUUCCCAGAAUCCUACUGCUGCUAUAGAAACCUGGAUCAACUUCAGUAAAGAAGAACGUUCAGGUUUCUCAGAGAUACUCCGAUCAAGUUUAAAGGAAAUUGGAGAGAACGUUCAUAUCUAUCUGAUUGGAAAGGAGUCGUCGCGCACACAUUCUCUUGCUGUCUCUCUGCACUGUGGUGAUGAUGACUCCAUCAGCAUUAGUGGUCAGAACAGCCUGUGCCACCAAAUCACCGCAGCCUGCAAGCAUGGCAGUGAUCUGUAUGUUGUUGGAGGAUCUAUCCCGCGACGCAUGUGGAAAUGCAACAACACCACAGUAGACUGGGAAUGGUGUGCUCCCCUGCCCCGUGACAGGCUCCAACACACUCUGGUCUCGGUGCCCAACAAGGAUGCAAUAUAUUCACUGGGUGGCAAGACACUGCAGGACAUUCUCUCUAAUGCUGUCAUAUACUACAGAGUAAGAGAUAAUGUAUGGACAGAAACUAGCCAGCUGGAAGUAGCCGUUUCUGGAGCUGCAGGUGUACAUCUCAAUGGUGUCAUUUAUUUGUUGGGUGGGGAAGAGAAUGACCUUGACUUCUUCACGAAGCCCUCUCGGCUUAUCCAGUGCUAUGACACUAAUACAGAGAAAUGUCAUGUGAAGCCCUAUGUGUUACCCUUUGCAGGGCGCAUGCAUGCGGCUGUGCACAAGGACCUGGUGUUCAUAGUAGCAGAGGGUGAUUCGCUGCUGUGCUAUAACCCUCUGCUGGAUAGCUUCACCCGGCUCUGUCUGCCAGAUGCCUGGAGUUCGGUACCCUCCCUAUGGAAAAUUGCUAGUUGUAAUGGUAAUAUCUAUGUCUUCAGGGAUCGCUACAAAAAGGGGGAUUCCAACACCUUUAAACUCAACCCAGCCACUUCUGUGGUAACUGAUACCAGUGGCCUUAAAGUGCUACUUACCAAUUUGCAGUUUGUGCUGGCCUAAGGGAAGAAUACCUCAGGCCUGAUCAAUGGAGACACUCCAUUAAGCAGCUCAGUGAUGCCUAGAUAUCCUAGCUCCUGUUCCCUAAGGCAUAUCAAAGUACUUCAGAGGAGUUCUUCUCUUUGCGGUUGCUGCUGCCAAGCAGCUGUAUGAUGGCUGUACACCUGCUUCCACUAGCACUUAAUUUGCCACAGUCUGGGUCCCAACUGGAAUACUGCUAUCACUGUGAUUCCCCGAUAUUCAACUUCUUGUAUCUCAAAGCCACAUAACUUAGAGGCUUCUUAAGUCUAUACCUUUUAUCACCAGCAAGCCCUGUACAAUAUAGCUGAUCUCUUUCUACAGUCAUCUAGUGUUUCAUGUUGCAGGUUCCGCAAACAACUAUAAAGAUAUAAAACCCCACAACUGCAAUUGCCAGAGAAAUGGUUUCUUGUGAAGGUCCCUCCCUCAGGCUCUGGAUGGCAUCUAGGUAGUAGCUAGAGCUACAUAACAUUGCAGUUGACUUGAUUCUACAAUAAGUAGAGGAGAGCGCUGUUCCUCAGUAUACUCACCCAGCAAGAAAAACAAAGCUCUUUGAAGCCACUAUGCCAAAUGAGGUCCCCUGCCCUACUACUAGAGGACUCAUCCUCUUACUGUGUCUUAUACAAAAGAGCAUGUUAAAGAGAAGAAUAGUGUCAAAGCUACUUUGUGGAUGCUGUCAGUCUCUUGGUGCAAGUCUUAAUAAAGGCCUCUGCUGGGACAACA